UUGCGAGCACGGUCGCGGGGUUGAGAGACAACAAACGGGACGAGGAGGCCUUCGGCGUUUCGGUUUCGCCUUCGUCAGUCGCGCGCGAAAGCUCCAACAUAAGCUGAUCGCCGACCGAUGAUCCACAUCUGAUCCGGCCCGGCCUGAGAUAGACUGAUUGUGAGCUAAAAACCCGGUGAGAGCGAAUAAGUAUCACAAUGGUAUCGAUCUCGACCGGAGGAGGGAAGAAUCUAUUCAGCAUGUACACAGCUCUGAGCGCGAUUAUGCUGACAAUCGGUCUCACCAGCGCGGACAAGAUCGACACGCCUAUCCCGUGCGGAAACACGUCAGAUUGUAGGAGCAUGCUGACACUUCCGAGAGAUGCUUUUUGCAAGGACGGAUAUUGCAUGUGCCCGAAUGUAGAUAACGGAGUUAAAUUCUGCUCGAGCAUUCAUGCGUUCAUUAACGAGAAUAAAAUCCCAGGCCCGCUGUUCUAUCGAACGUGCAAACACGAUCAAGAUUGCAAGUACGAGGGCGGAUUUUGUAACAGUACUAUUAGCCAGUGCGAUUGCGUGAAGGAUUACGUGCCGGCGAAGAAUAAGCAACAUUGUGUCCAAAAGGUCCAUUCGAUCGACGCUCCUUGCUCAGAUGAAAAUCAGUGUUUAGCGUUUCUGGCGAACACCACUUGUGAGGCUAACAAAUGCGUUUGCGUAUCCGGUUAUCAUUACGUAGACAAUGCAUGUUGGAGAAUGGCUGGAUACAGGCGAUCUUGCAGGAAAAAUCAGGAAUGUUCGCAUAUCGAGGGUGUCAUCUGCACGAAGGAUAUGAAGUGUGAAUGCGCGUCCGGAACGAUCCUGAAUAUGGACGGCAAGAGAUGUCUGAUGGCUGCGAUGAAGAUUCAGGACGAAUGCGUGGAAUCGGUGCAAUGCACGGCGACGUUCGAGAAUUCGUUGUGUCACGACAAGAAGUGCCAGUGCGAAUUGGAUCAUCAUUACGAGCACGAUUUGACGAGGUGUUUUCCCAACAGAGCUCUCGACGACGGUUGCGCGAAUAAUUACGAGUGUUAUCAGGCCGAGGAGAACGAUCCGCCGAUCAAGUCUGUGAUGUGCGAGGCUAACCGAUGCACGUGCGUCGAAAAUUAUGUUAGGCAAGGGGAUAAAUGUGUGAAUGCCGGUUCAUCGUUCGGUGCAUCAAUAAUCGUCUCUGUGAUAACGCUACUUUGCAGUAUUUUAGUCUUGUAAGAUACGAUUAUCCCGCGAAGUAAACACGCGAUAUCGUUGCAAGUCAGCAGAGGUAAACUUUUGAUAAUGCCAACAUUAUGUAUAUAUUUGUAAGAAAAAUUUAAGUAGGGUAUACACAUUGGCGAAACGUAAACGGAGAAAUUGUUGUGUUUAAGAUAAAUAAUUUUAUUGUGGAGAUUGUAAUUAUUUGUAUUAUUACCAGAACUCUGAGGAGAGUCGCAAAUUUCUUACAAAUAAUAGAAAUGUUGCUUUAACGUGCGCGAAACUUGGACAAACAGUGCCUAACAAAUCAAGAUCCAUGUAAUUGUAUGAAUUUCCUAUGUACAUUGUAAUUUAGACGCGCGUGUAUGCGUGUUCGUAGGACUGUCGCGAUGACAAUUCAAGAAUGAGAAAAAAAGAAAAAAAAAAUAGAGACCUACAUGGCGAAGUUACUCUUUUGAUAAGAGUUGAGAAUCCCCUUACAUAUAUGGAUGAUUGUAAUUGUAGCGAGUUGUGAUAUUUUUUUAGAAUAUAGUAAUAUAUUUAUAUUUAUAAAUCGCGAUAUAUAUCUUUAAGCGUAAUAUAAAAAUCAGAGCCGUUUCCAUGAUCAGUUUUAUUUCCAUUGUUAAACGUAAAGGCUUCAUUUUCCGAAAUAAUUGCGGAAAAACAGAGUGUAAGGGAAAAUAGCGCGAAAAUGGAAUUGCAAUAUUAAACGCCGUUGUGUGUAAUUGCGCAGCAAAACUCAAGCAAAGGCGACAGCUUGAGCUAAGCCAUACCGGCGUGUUCACUCUUGCGUGCAUUUAAUUAACGCGGUUAUUAAAAUGCAGAUGCUGACAUAACACAGCUUUAUAGCGUUUCUCGUUGCCUUUUAAACUAGAUGAAAAUUCACGAGCACGUGUAAGCUCCCAACUGCAUUAUAUCUUAAUUUUCUUUCGUUUUUUUUUUUAUCUUGAGCCACAGCUACGUCCGAUAUUUUAAUAAUUUUUUAUUAAAUUAUUUUUGCGCUUAUUAAAAAUUACCAGAAUAAUAAUAUAUAAAAAAAUAAAAUCAAUGCUAAUAAAUUUCUCUUUUAAUAAUGUAUAAAUAUGUAUCUCUUUGGCUCAGUUGUAAAAAGUUUGUAAUGUUAGAAUUUUCUACAGAAUAAUUAUACAUUGCACGUUGUAUAAAUUUUGUUUAUACAUUUACAACUAAUAUAAAUUGUAUAUCAGCAAGAUUUGGUAUUGG